AGAACCCAGAAGAGACCAGAAGAACCCAGAAGAGACCAGAAGAACCCAGAAGAACCCAGAAGAGACCAGAAGAACCCAGAAGAACCCAGAAGAACCCAGAAGAGACCAGAGGAACCCAGUAGAGGCUGUUGGAAGAGUUUGAUGGGACUGCUGACGAUAGCCACAUGCCUCUGAGUCCGGCUGCUGACACUAAACAUGAUCGCCCACGGCAACAGGCGGUUACUAACGGCAACCCGACAGGCUCUGCUGUUGCCAGGGACGACGACGCGGAUGACACGCCCCCUGGAAACAGUAUUGUCGUCCGCAUUGGCAUCCCAGACCUGCAGCAGACGAAGUGUUUGCGGUUGGACUCAGAGCUCCCGGUGUGGACCAGUAAGCAGAGGGUUCUGGUGACGUUGACUCAGUCUCUGUCGGAUGUUUUGAACUAUGGUCUCUUCCAGCCGGCGUUCAACGGCCGCGCCGGAAAGUUUCUGGACGAGGAGCGUCUGCUGAAUGAGUAUCCUCUUCCCCCCAUCACACCGAUCCCAUACCUGGAGUUCCGUUACAAACGGAGAAUUUACACGCAAAGCUACGUGGACGAUAAGCAGCUGGCAAAGCUGCAUACCAAGGCAAACCUGAAGCGUUUUAUGGAACAUGUUCACCAGAAGAAUGUGGAGAAGGUUUCCAAAUGGUUGGAAAAGGGCCUGGACCCCAACUUCCACGACGCCGACACCGGGGAGUGUCCCCUGACGCUGGCGGUCCAGCUGGAGGGCAGCGGGGACCUGAUCAAGGUGCUCCGCAGCGGAGGAGCCCACCUGGACUUCAGGACCCGAGACGGGAUCACCGCGCUGCACCGGGCCGUGCUCUGCAGGAACAGCGCCUCUCUCAGCACCCUCCUGGACCUCGGGGCGUCUCCGGACUACAAGGACAGCCGGGGCCUGACCCCCCUGUACCACUCCGCCAUGGUGGGCGGCGCCCCCUACUGCUGCGAGCUGCUACUGCAGGACCACGCCACCAUCGGGAUGACUGAUGAGAACGGCUGGCAGGAAAUCCACCAGGCAUGUCGCUAUGGUAACGUGCAGCACUUGGAGCACCUGCUGUUCUACGGCGCUGACAUGUGUUCCCAGAAUGCAUCUGGAAACACCGCACUGCACCUCUGUGCGCUCUACAACCAGGACAGCUGUGCCAGAGUGAUGCUGUUCAGAGGAGCCAACAAGGACAUCAAGAACUACAACAACCAGACUGCCUUCCAGGUGGCAAUAAUUGCUGGGAACUUUGAGCUUGCAGAAAUCAUAAAAAUCCACAAAAACUCUGACGUCGUAGUUCCCUUCAGAGAAACUCCGUCCUACACAACGCGCCGCCGGGCCGUCCUGAGCAGCUCGGGGAACGGUCUGUCCUCUCCGCGCUCUCUGAUUCGCUCUGCCAAUGAGAACGUUCUGGAAAGCCCCGCCUCCUCUCCUGGCCCCUCCCUCCAGAGCCUGGAAACGCACCACGACACGCACACACAUUCGCUACGACGACACACGCGGCGCCUCAGCCCCAGUGCUGGGGGCCCGGUGGAGGCCAGCCCCCCCUCGUCCCCUCCAGCGACCCCCCAGACGACGAAGAGGAGGCUGUACAGCGCCGUGCCGGGACGCACCUUCAUCGCCACGCGGUCCCACGUCCCCCAGGGGCCCGGAGAGAUCCAGCUGCACCGCGGGGAGAGGGUCAAAGUUCUCUCCAUAGGAGAAGGAGGAUUCUGGGAAGGAAGUGUGAAAGGAAGAACCGGCUGGUUUCCUGCCGACUGCGUUGAGGAAGUCCAGAUGAGACAAUACGACCCGCGACUGGAAACGAGGGAGGACCGCACAAAGAGGCUGUUCAGACAUUACACUGUUGGUUCCUAUGACAACUACACCUCCUACAGUGACUACGUGAUCGAGGAGAAGACGGCCGUGCUGCAGAAGAAGGAGAGCGAGGGCUUCGGCUUCGUCCUCCGAGGAGCUAAAGCCGAGACCCCCAUCGAGGAGUUCGCCCCCACCCCGGCGUUCCCCGCCCUGCAGUACCUGGAGUCGGUGGACCAGGGGGGCGUGGCCUGGAGGGCGGGGCUACGGACCGGAGACUUCCUCAUAGAGGUGAACGGCGCCGACGUGGUGAAGGUGGGUCACCGGCAGGUGGUCUCCCUGAUCCGCCAGGGGGGCAGCCGCCUGCUGAUGAAGGUCGUGUCCGUCUCCAGGAAGUCUGAAACCAACAUGGUCCGCAAGAAAGCUCCGCCCCCUCCAAAACGAGCCCCCAGCACGUCGCUGACACUCCGAUCCAAGUCAAUGACCGCUGACCUGGAGGACAUAGCCAGGAGGAGGCGCUUCGACAAAUUGGAUGAGAUGUUGGCUGGAGGUCAACAGGAAGUCGUCCUCAGGGCGCGGCCGUCGGACGACUUCAGGGCGGCGACGGUGAAACAGCGACCGACGAGCCGGCGGAUCACACAGGCGGAGAUCAACUCGCUGUUCGAGCGUCAGGGUCUCGUUCCGCCCGCCGCGCCCGAGAAGAGCACCAUGGCGUUACCUCGAGGGAUGUCCAGAACCAAGAGCUUUGGCACACCUGAUGACGACAGGAUCUCAGCUCUCAUCAAUGAGAGUCGGUUUCCACGGAGCUCCUCGCUGACGGACAGCUUCAUCCCCCCGCCCCCUCAGAUGGCUCCGCCCCCUCCUCCCUCCGCCUCCUCCUCCACCUCCUCGCUCUUCCUCCUGGACUCCGGCCCGCCUCCAUCCUUCUUGCCCCCUUCUCCCCCGGCCCGAGGGGACGGGCUUACCCGCUCUAGCUUCAAGCCGGGGGCGGAGCCUAGGCUCCAGGAGCUCACCGAUUCGCCGACGAGGAUCCAAGCCCACGCCGAGCGGCAGAGGAAGGCGAGGUCGAUGAUAAUCCUGCAGGACACGCCGCCGCAGCUUCAGCCGGACGCGCAAGGCGCAGCACCGCAUGCGCUGCACACCGCCACGCACACCGCCACGCACACCACCGCCACGCACGCCGCCACGCCCACCGCCACGCACACCGCCACGCACACCGCCACACACACCACCGCCACGCACACCACCGCCACGCACGCCGCCACGCACACCGCCACGCACACCGCCACGCACACCACCGCCACGCACACCACCGCCACGCACGCCGCCACGCACACCGCCACGCACACCACCGCCACGCACACCACCGCCACGCACGCCGCCACGCACACCGCCACGCACACCGCCACACACACCGCCACGCUGUCUCUCCACACCACCAGCCCCGCCCUCGGCCACUCACCGCUGUCACGCCGCCGGGGCCGACCAAUAGAAAACCCGUACGCUAACGUGGGACAUCAGGCUCCGCCCUCCAAGCCCCAGAGGAGGAAGUCGCCUUUGUUAAAACAACUUCCUGUCGAGGAGCAAGGAGUGAAAGAGCUCGACUUGUUGAGAGUCGAUGAAACCAGCAGCCCGAGUCGGGCGGAGCUUUACCAGCAGCAGGUUCUUUCAGAUCGCGCUCGCGUUCAGGGUCGGAGGUCGUCCCUCUUCCUGUCGGUGGAGGGAUCCGGGUCAGAGAACCAGGCGCCGCCCCUCCUGACUCUAAGCCAUUCCAUGGACGACCUCGGCGAGCUUCCGCCACCAGCUCCGGUCCUGUCGCCGUCUCCGACGCCUCACACCUUCCUCCACCCGCUGACGGGGAAGCCUCUAGACCCUUCAUCUCCACUCGCCUUAGCGCUUGCUGCACGCGAACGAGCGCUCACUGCCCGCACGCCGAGCCCAGAGCCGCGACUAAAGCACAUAUCGGCCUCCACCACACCCAUACUGACCCCAGCUGCCAGCCCUGAAGGCAGACACAAGCGGGCCCCCCGCAUCACCCCGCAGAGUAGCCCCGAGCCACGGUCCAAACGCACCCUCCCUCAGACGAGUCCCGAGCAACGAACCAAGCGCACCACUCCCCAGUCCAGUCCUGAGCUGAGGCAUAAACGCGUAACUCCGCCCUUGUUCCCUGAUGGACAGGUGGAGCGUCCAGAAACAGAGGGAGGAGUCACGUCACCGGCCGGCCCCUCCCCUGAGCGCUGGAGACCCACCCCCUUGCCACCGUUGGCCAAUGAGAGUCACCCUGCUCUGAUUGACAGGCGCAGAAGCCUCACGGUGGGCAGCUCAGAGGAGGAGGGCGGGGCUUACACAGUAACACUCCCCCCGGCGUUGUUGUCGUCCAGUGAUGAGGAAACUCGGGAGGAGCUUUGCAGAAUUGGCCUGGUGACUCCACCCGCUGCCUUCGCCAGUCCUCCCGCUCUUCCUCCCCCAUCCUCCCUCACCCUGUUGCCACGGCGAGGGGGCGAGGGAGGGGGAGUUGAGAGUGGUUCUGACUCCGCGAGUAGACGAGGAGAUGAGGAGGAAGGCGGUGACGAACGACUCCACGACAGCUCCUCCCCAAGCUCACUUCCUCCCUCCAUUACCUUGGCCUCCCCUCCUGGUCCUUCCUCCCCCUCCUCCCCUCUGGCUACUCAUCCUUCCCCCGCCUCCCCGUCUGGUUUCAAGCCUUGCCUUCGCUCCCCUGUCGGGCGUGGCCGCUCUGCACUGCGUGACCCGCUGCUGAAGCAGUCGUCCGACAGUGAGCUCCUCCCGUCCGCCGCGUCCUGCUCCUCCCCUUCCUCCCCACUCUGCUCCUCCCCCACCGGGGGCGGUGGGCGGCAGCCACGCUACCUGUUCCAGAGGAGGUCGAAGCUGUGGGGCGGCGGGGACGACCGCGACGAGCGUCGGGGCUUCGGCCCGGAUGAAGGGGGCCGGCCGGCAGCUCUGGGAGGGCAGGUGUCGGGGUCGGCCGUGGAUCUCAGCAGCCGGUCGAUACUGGAGCUGAGAGGCAGGUCCGGACUCGAUCUGGCCAAUCGGCUACAGCUGCUAAACAAAGACAGUCACUCUCUUGGGGAAGAGCCGAGUCCUCUGGAUCCGGGCCGGAGGUCCCCAGUCGGAGGAGCCAGGUUGUUCUCCAGUCUCGGGGAACUCCACACCAUCUCCCAGCGAGGAUUCUGCUCCAGCUAUACGGUCCGACCAGGGAGCCGCUACCCCGUGACCCGCCGGAGCCCCUCCCCCUCUCCCUGCCCGUCCGAUAGGUCAAUAGGGCACACCUCCUCCACCGCCCCCUGCUCUGAAAGGCCAGACCUGAGCUCGGGCCGCGGUCUAACCAUCCUGAAGUCGUCCAGCCUCAGCCUCCCCUCGGAACCGAAGGAGGUCCGCUUUGUGAUGCGUAGCGCCAGCGCACGGACCCGGUCCCGCUCGCCCUCCCCUUCCCCCCACGCCUCCCCCUGCCCCUCCCCGGUCCUCAGCGGGCCCCUGCUGGCCCUCCGGCCCUGGAGGCAGCGGCCCCUCAACCUGUGGAAUAAAUACGACGUGGGCGACUGGCUGGAGAGCGUGGGCCUGGCCGAGCACCGCCAGCGCUUCCAGGAGCACGAGAUCGAAGGCUCGCACCUCCCGGCUCUCACCAAGGAGGACUACGUGGAGCUGGGCGUCACCAGACUGGGACACCGGAUCAACAUCGAGAGGGCGCUCAGACAGUUGCUGGAUGGUUCCACUUGACCUCGGACUACUCACCUCUAGACAUCCUGAACUGUGACCUCAUAACCCCUGACUUCUGGUCAGACACUCGGCUAUCUCUUUGACUACAAUAUCUUAGCAGUGACUGAAUCUUGACCUUUGUACCAACGUGGAGCUCAGCUCUCUGAGUUCUCUUGCUGACAUUUUGGCUCAUCAGCUCUUUGAUCAAACGAACUGGUCGUACCAAUGUCUGCGUCCACCAGGUUCACACCAGGCUGUGGCCAAGGUUCAAGUUCAUUGAAUUUACCACCAAAUACAGAGAUUCAAUCCCGGUAUUGACGGGAAAUGUAAGUUACAGUUGCGACAAUUCAGGCCAGAACAAUGUUCUCACGCCAGAGGGACGACACCAUUUUGUAGGACUGGCGCUGAGGUCUGAGAAAAAUACUGUCAACCCUUCAGAGAGAAACGGAGAGACCACCACCGGUCCACAGCCGUCAGUCUCUUUGUUGAUGCUGUGAAGUUAUAUGAACUUUUGAAGCUUUAGAAACCACAAUCAAAAGUUAAACCCCCCAAAUAUUAAUGUAUCCAUCAAAGCAAACUUUCGAUUUUGAGAAGCUGUUACAAUAACUUUUUAGAUUUAUUUUAACAAGUUGUCAGUUAUUAAAAGUAUUGCGAAACAUAUUUUUUUGCUGACUAAUGGAUUAACUGUUUUAAUGUAAAGCUUUAAGUGUGUUUCCCGCUUAUGUAAUACGUUUCCAUUCACAACCAUUUAAAUUGUACCCACAGUUGCUAACGUUCUGAGCUAGCUGGCAAACAAUAUAUUAUCUAUUAUCAUUAAUAAUAAUAAUAAUAUUAUAUAUACAUUUUUCAAAUACUUAUGUAAGCUGCUAAACAAUGUUCUCUGUGUAUUCUGAUCUGGAUCACCAGAAAAUAGCAGAGUCGGCGCAUCACAUUCACACCGUGUUCUUCAGCGCUACGUUAGCUCGCUAAGCUAAUCACGUGAACAGGAGACGUUGAUCAAAGAGCUGAACUGACAAACUGAUCAAUAUAACGAGACGAGUUGUUGUCCUCGUGCCAUUCUGCUUCCCCAGAUGAGCUCAGCUGGACGAUUAGCGAGCGACUGGACGUCUCCACCUGAACGACCGCGGCGGGAGAUUAGCUGAGAUUAGCUGCUUUUAGCUGAGAUUAGCUGCUUUUAGCUGAGAUUAGCUGCUAUUAGCUCAGAUCAGAUUUCUUGUGACUUUCUUUUUCUUUUUCUUCCCGAUAUCACUCAUUGAAGAAUUUGUUGUUUAUUUUGAGUUCAUAUCGAUCAUUUAGAAUUUAUGAAUAACAAGUAAUAAUAAUGUGGUGGUGAUAAUUUACAGAGUUUAUUUAAUAGUUUGGAAAAUGAUUUUUGAGUUAGUUAUGAUUUGACAAAGAGUUGAAUUUCGAGGUCGUUCCGGUGACCUUGGAGGUCGGUGAUGACUUGUCAAUGAGUGACUUUGUGUUGUGUUUCAGGGAGAGCGGCAGCUCCACUGGUCUCUAACCUGCUUAUCGAGGGCUUACUGUACACGGUGCUAUCUGUUUAAAGCCAUCUGUACAGAAAUACCUUCCCCUCCUACUCCUUCCUCACACAUCAAACUCCUCGUUCCAUCCCUGAACUCUUAUAUUAUUCCUUAAUAACCCAUCGAGUGUGGCCACACCAGUUAUGGUAACUUUGCCAGGGAAAGGCCAUAUAUGGAGUUUCCUCGCCGCCAUAUUGGGGAUUCCUUCCCUGCCAUACGUGGAGUUUCCUCUAGAGCAUAUGGAGAGUUUCCCAAAGGCCAUAAAUAGAGAUUAAAAUGGGAGUUAAAAGGGGUUCCCAACGAAAUUUGUUUGCAAAUGUAUUUUUAUGAAGAAUAUGGCGGGACGUUUUCGUUCAUUCCGGCUUACGAAGAUUAACCAAAAGUUAAAUUUGAUAGUACGGGUGGAAUUCACACCGAAUUUAGUUUUAUAUCUGGAAUACUACAAGUUUUAGAAGAAGAAAUGCUGCUUUUCUCCGAGAAGAUUAAUGAUAGAAGUUAAUGACAAUAGAGUCGGGCUGGGCGAUGCGGACGGAAUAAAAGGAUAAGGAGGAAUAAUUAAAGUCAUAAGUCUGGAGGGAAUAAUACAACACUCCAGUUAUAUCAUUAUUAAUACUCUAUUUGUUGAAUUAGCGUGGAGCAAACAUUUCCAAUAAUUAGAGAGAAUUGUCCAACAUCAACAUUUAUUAAAAGUGAAACAGUAAAUCUGUUUUAUUCAACAAAGUUUUCUUCUUGAAUCCAUAUUUUUUGGCGUUUAGCCUUUAAAAAAAAACUCCUUUUCACUGAGGUCAGUAAAGAGGCUAAACCUGCGUUACCCGGGGAGGUCGAGCAGCAGCACAACAGCACCAUGAACUACAUUUAUAUCACCAAAAUAUAUCCGAUGUAUCGCUCAGCCCUGUGAAGAAAAGCAUUUUAUACAAGCCGUCCGAUUUACAGUUUUGGAAAGCUAUCGCUAGCCUGCCUCGCUAGCUAACGCACUUUAUACUCAAAACGCGGUCACGCUAACGUUGCACCACAUUAUGCACGUACAUGUGGUCCGGCCAGAUCAGUGGACAUAACUCUUCACGAAACCCAGAGACGGAUGAGACUCGUAUCCAGAGCCACGUGUUGAGCUUAGCUUAGCACGCACACUGGAUGUGGGGGGAAACUGCUAGCCUAGCUUUAGCAACAGGGAGAGAAAUGCAGCUUCCAGAGAGCGAGCGUCACAUGUUGUCUCUCGUUAGCCAGCAGCAGUGGAAUGAAACGAAGGACUUGAGGUACUUGUACUUUACUUAAGUAUUUGUAUUCAGGAGUUACUUUUCACAUUACAGUUUUCGUGGCCAGUGAAAACCACAAAUAUCUACAUUAAUCCAGAAUAAAUAGUAAAACACACACAGGGAACAUUUAACUGCUCAGUUUAUACUUUAAUUCCUUUUCCUGCAAAUAUUUCACGUACUUUUCGUAUUUAUUUUUUAUUUUUUAAAUGGUUUAUUGAAUAAGGGACAGUGCACAUUGAUAAAAACAUUGCAGAGUUAGCCAAGAGGCUAUUUUUCAUCUGUAGUCCCAUUUUCACAGAGUUUUGUAGAGUUCAGACACGAUGUGACGCUGCAGACGCCGACAGCACAACCGAUCACUGUAAUUGAUUGAUUGAUUCGACACCUGAUCAAUAAGCGAGGAGCAACACGAUGAGCUCUGAGCUCACCGGACGCUGCAUUUCUCUUUCCAGCGCUAAAUUUAAAACUGAAUCUCUUUCAGUCCUCUGAAGUACAAUCAACGACCCUGUGCCUGUUUCCACGACGACUAAUCCACAUUUUAUUCCCGAAGGAAAUACACGAAUCGAGCUGAACCACAAUCACGAAUCCCAAAGUCACACGUGUCCCUGCAGCACAGUCGACUAUCGCCGGUCUCAUAUGUAUUCUGGUCGAGUCAUGAAGCUUCAGUGAAACAUAAAGGAAAGCAGACGAUGGAAUGACUCGUCGUGUUCGGGGCGACGGUCGAGGCUUCAGUCUUUGUAAUCGGCUCAACUUUGACUAUAAACUCCUUAUAUUCAUCGUACGAUCAGUUUAUUCUAGUUUAUCACCAGCGUAGUCAUUCGUUUGGACGACGUGUGAUUUGUGAAGGUUUCAGCUGCACCAGUAGAAACCAGUAAAAAAAACGGUUAAAAAAAUAGUUAAAACUGAUUAAAAAUGGUUUUAAAAAACAGUAAAAACUGAUAAAAACCAGUAUAAACAUUAAUAAUAUCGUCCGUUGUGUCUCAGGUGAGGAGAACGUUACGCUGUGAACAUCACACACGAUGUGUGUAGUUUAUAUUGGAGUAUAUAUUAUAAUGGACGAUAGUCUACUGGACACAGAAGGGGGCGUGGCCUGUUCCUUUCUCUGCAGUGGAACAAUGAAAAUCAGCGAUGGAGAGGUCACGUGACCUCUUGACCUCAGGUCCCCCACCCCCCCGACCCUGUACACUAAUAGAAAACAUUCGCCUGUUGUGAGGACCUCUCAGCCAAUCAGAAGCCAGGAUAACCUGCUGCAGAAACUUCUCUGGCGUCCUCACGUCUCAGAGGUUCUCGUUUGUUAUUGUUUACUCGUUGUGUAAACAGCUGAUCUGAGAACAGAACAUCUCGGGGUGAACGUCGUCCCGGCGACAGCCAGAAGGCCGACGGCGACGUUUACCUUCCAGACUUCAGGAACCGACACAGGAACAGACAAAAUCUGAGAGUGUUCAGCUUCCUGCUGAUUGGCUGAGAGUCCCGUCAACAUCCCGCCUCCUGACACUCCCCUGGUUAUAGUGGUUUAAUGGUUACCCUCCUCCUCUUCCUCCUGCUCCUCCUCCUCCUCCUCCACUUCCAUCUCUUCCUCCUCCCCAUCCUCCUCUUCCUCCUCCUGCUCCUCCUGCUCCUCCUCCUCCUCCUCUUCCAUCUCUUCCUCUUCCUCCUCCUCCUUCUCCUCCUGCUCCUCCUCCUCCUCCUCCACUUCCAUCUCUUCCUCCUCCCCAUCCUCCUCUUCCUCCUCCUCCUCCUCUUCCAUCUCUUCCUCCUCCUCCUCCUCCUCCUCUUCCAUCUCUUCCUCCUCCUCCUCCUCCUCUUCCAUCUCUUCCUCCUCUUCCUCCUCCUCCUCCUCUUCCAUCUCUUCCUCCUCCUCCUCUUCCUCCUCUUCCAUCUCUUCCUCCUCCUCCUCCUCCUCUUCCAUCUCUCCUCCUCUUCCUCCUCCUCCUCCUCCUCCUCCUCUUCCUCCCCCUCCUCCUCCUCCUCCUCCUCCUCAGUAUGUGUGUUGUUGAGUGAGUGCUGUGUGUACUGGUAGUUUUAUUUCUUCCCUUUUAUAAAAACUAAAGAGUGACCCGACCAACGAGCUCCGCAACGCUACAGAUUGUAAUCUUUAUAAUAAACUGUCAUUUAUUACAAAGUUAA